UUUACACAUACACGGAAUGUUUGUAUAUGUAUUGCUUAUGUAUUAGCAUUACACAUAGUAUGGAAUUGUGUAGUUCUAAAAAAGACUAUAAAACAUAAAUAUAAAUGACUUAUCAACGACAUAAAAUAUUUAAAUACCACAGGGUGGCGAUAAUGGUUUUACAGGGAGAGAAUUCCAGGGGGAGGCCUUAAUACUUUUACCAUGGAAACGGUGAUGACGUAUGAUGUUCCUCGUCACCUCCUCUUAAUGAACAUCAGCCUGUGGUUAGAAGCCAUUGUACUAUCAGGGAUCGUACUGCACUCAACAAAAGCAAACUCUUUAGUUACAUGUUAAACAGUUUUUUGUUUCCUGAGCUGUAUCAGUAUAGAACUGGAAUUCAACCCGUAAAAUAAAGAAUAUUAUCAACAAAAGUAAAGAACACGAGAGUUUCACUAAGACCGAAAGACGACUGAUUUUUCCACCAGGGAAGUUACGCUCGGCAAGGAAUUACAACCGACAUCCGAGGAGGAAGAGCCGCGGUCUAGUUCCGCACCAGUUGUCAAUUUCCUCUAUUUUUUCCGUUUUACAUUCCGUGCUUGGCUUUUCUCUUAGGUCUGUGCCCUUAUUUAGAUGGCAAGCUUCCCAGACUCUGUCAACGAAAAUGAUAUAGGUAAGGCAAAGUUCAUCGGUGAACUCCUGGUGCCUGUUGCUCCCUUCGACCAGAAGUCUGGACGCGAGACGUGGACAGUAGCCUUUGCACCCAAUGGUUCCUACUUUGCCUGGUCUCAGGGGCAUCGCAUUGUGAGGCUCAUUCCCUGGGCAAAAUGUCUGAAGAACUUUUCAAUCGGUCACGAUGGAGAGGCCACCAAUGCCUCGAGCCCCCGCCGUUUGUCCCGUCAGAACAGCAACGGAAGCCAGGAAAUCCAGGCGGCCAACGAGCCCCGCGAACACACCAUCGACUGCGGUGACAUCGUCUGGGGCCUCGCCUUCGGCUCGUCCGUCCCCGAGAAGCAGAGCCGCUGCGUUAACAUCGAGUGGCACCGCUUCAAGUUCGGUCAGGACCAGCUGCUACUGGCAACGGGCCUUAACAACGGUCGCAUCAAGAUCUGGGAUGUAUACACUGGAAAACUUUUGCUGAAUCUGAUGGAUCAUACUGAAUUAGUGCGAGACUUGACCUUUGCUCCCGAUGGCAGUCUCAUGUUGGUGUCUGCCUCCAGAGAUAAGACCCUCCGCGUGUGGGACCUCAAAGAUGAUGGUAACAUGGUGAAGGUUCUGCGGGGGCAUCAGAACUGGGUGUACUGCAGCGCCUUCUCCCCCGACUCAUCCGUCCUGUGCUCAGUGGGCGCCGGCAAAGCAGUGUUCCUAUGGAACAUGGAUAAGUUAACCCUGAUCCGGAAGCUGGAGGGGCACCACAAUGACGUGGUGUCCUGUGAGUUCUCACCAGAUGGGGCGCUGUUGGCCACAGCCUCUUAUGACACCCGGGUCAUCGUAUGGGACCACCACAAGGCCACCAUCCUGCUGGAACUCGGCCACCUCUUCCCUCCUCCAUCACCCAUUUUUGCCGGGGGGGCCAAUGACCGCUGGGUUCGCUCUGUGAGCUUCUGCCCUGACGGCCGCCACAUCGCCAGCAUAACGGAUGACAGGCUGGUGCGGUUCUGGAGCAUCGAGGAGAAAGCUCCUCAGGCCAUCGGCUCCCUCACUAACGGCCUCUGCUGUGCCUUUUCCGCUGAAGGGAGUGUCCUUGCUACUGGGACUCGUGACGGUAGCGUGCACUUCUGGGAGUGUCCUCGUAGCGUUGCCAGUCUGCAGCACAUGUGUAGGAUGUCUGUCCGCCGGCUGACCAGCACCCGGCAGGUGGAGACCCUGGCCAUUCCUACACCGCUCCGCGACUACCUGACCUACAAAAUCAUUUAACCCUCCACCAGCUGACCCAACUGCUCAUGUCGCAGCGGCAUUGUGCUUGAAAACCAACAAAAAUACUUCCUAGAAAACUCUCUUUCACAGAACUUUGUUGAACAAAUGCAAUCAGGACAGGAGGAGAGAGAAGCUGAGAACCCCCCUCCCCCCGUGUUGUUCUGUAAAUAUUUAUUUUUGUAAGUUCUGCAGUAGCUAGCACACCAUCCAUACCGGAAAGGUCAACAUUUUCCGGGCCCUCCUGUCCCCCCUGUUACAUGUGUGGGAUACCAGCAGCUCCUCUUCCAGGUUCAGUUCACCCUUCAUGUUUACUUCCAACUUGAAGGGGCCGUAGCACUGUUUUGAGGUGGGUCAGCAAAAGGGGUGAGAUUUUUAAAAAGAUGCAGGAUUUCAAAAGGCCAAUGAUAAAUGUGUGGACUGUAAAGUAUCUUUACAUUAUCGCCAUGGCUUAAGAGAAGAACAGGUCCAAGCAGUUAUUGUUUCCUCUCUGAAAUAUUUCAGUUGGUGAAUGACAAGAAACUGCAGUGGAGAAAUGUCUUUGAGAUAUCUGUAUUGGCCUUGGAAAAAUCUUGUGUGUGUGUUCACCAGAGAAGCACCAUAGAAAGUUGAAUUUUUUCAUUUGGAUCACUGUCUGACCGCUCUCGGAAGUCUACUGUUUCUGAACGGCUCACCAACUAGCAUUACAUUAUGAUUGCUGGUGGUGGGAACGCACAGUGAAACAUGUAGCAACGAAGAUGUAAAUGGUUCAGGCAGCAAAUGGCUUCUGCUAAAGAUGAACGAGAAAGCAAGGCAUUCAACACAGGCUGUGGCCCCUAGCCUACACACAUCGUGUUGAAACGAUAAACCCUCGUUGUAAACAUAACUUUGUGCUAACUGGCUGUCAACAAAACCUCUGUAAAUUGCACAACAACAACUGGGCCGACCACAUGAUGUAAGUGCAGUCCGCCCCUAAAAAUGUUGCGGACUGGUGAGAGAAAUGGCAAUAGUAUGCUUGAAUUUAUUUAAGUGUGCGUGCCCCCCCCCCCCCCCCCCCUCCUGUACUCUGAGAUUUAUGUCAUAUGUUUGUAUAUAUGAAAAUGUCUAUAAACAAGUUUAUAAGCGUUUCUUUCCCCACUUUGCCAUUUAUAUCUAUUUUUUCCAACAUUUGUAUUUUUGUCUUUUUGUUAACCUUAUAGAUGUGAAAGUCAACAAAUGGUUACGAGUCUUAUUGCUACAGCCCAGAGAGAGUGUUACAUUUCUUUAGAGGUUGGACACUGUGGCUGCGGAGGUGUCACUAACAUUACUGUUUGCUACAUGUAGAAGUUACAAUAUGAAAUUGGAGCGACUUUGAAAGUAAUUUAAACCCGGCUGUCUGGCGUUAAAGAGCUCCAUGUUCACUCUUGAUAGAAAUGUUUUCACAUGAUAAUCCACAAUGACGCUUUUCGGAGAUACAGUAUUCUAGGAAUCCUCUGUUUCUUGAUCGUCACUUUCAUUUUGUGAUGAACGGAAAGUGUGCCUCUCGUGUUUCCCUGUGCAUUUCUGUAAGAAGGUGGCUGCAAAUCAGCCUUCAAUCAUGUUUGGCAGUAAGUCAGUGCUGGUGCCAAAGGUUUUCAUUUCCACUUGUUUUGUCUCAUGAAUGGGCUGAGGUGCUUCGUUCUGUAUACCAAUCCUUACCAGGGGUUUGCAUUACGUUACCACAGUGUUUUGAACAACACAGUCCUGCCUCAGUGAGUUGCAGUAUGAAGCGUUAAAUAUAUCAAUAUAUAUAUGAAUGUAUAAAAGUAUGUUUCUUUGUGGGAUUGUUGUUUCAAUAAAAGCUUUUUUGACAAAAUAA